CCAGUAGAAGACUUCUUGUCAGUUGACUGCUGCCACUUUUCUGUGCAGAAUAGCGUUUCGUUUUCUCUCCUCACUGUGACGUCACAGAAUGCUGACUCCUCAUUGGCUCGGGUGGAGUAUUAUAAAAAGAGCCUCGACAGUUCCUGGUUCAUUUUUCCUGUUUGCGAGUCAAGCGAGUGUUCUUCACUUUUGUCUUUCUCUGCGGGAUUAAAAGUGGCAAACAUCUUUUUGUUUCGCGCUGACAUCAUGAACUUGUUUUUAUUCUUUCUUCUGGUCGUGCAAAUGCACAGCGUGACGCCUGUGAUUCACACGCUGCAGUAUUUCCACACUGUGUCCUCUCAAGUUCCAAACUUCCCAGAUUAUGUGAGUGUUGGUUAUGUUGAUGGAGUUCAGAUUUUUCACUAUGACAGCAACAGCAGGAAAGCAGAAGCCAAACAGGACUGGAUGAACAAAAUCACAGCAGAGGAUCCAAAAUACUGGCAGAGACAAACAGAGAUCAGUGUUGGUAAUGAGUUGAGGGGCAAACACAACCUUGAAGUUCGUAAGAAGCGUUUCAACCAAACUGGAGGUGUUCACAUUCUCCAGUGGAUGUCUGGUUGUGAAUGGAAUGAUGAGACUGAUGAAGUUAAAGGUUGGGAACAGGAUGGUUAUGAUGGAGAAGAUUACAUAUCGUUGGACAUGAAGACAUGGACAUUUACUGCAGCAAAACAACAAGCUUUCCCCAGCAAACUCAUGUGGGACCAGGACAAACAUCUACUAGAUGACAAGAAGUUUUACUUCACUGAGGAAUGUCCUUCUUACUUGAAGAAGUAUGUGAACAAUGGGAAGGAGGUCCUAAUGAGAACAGAGCUUCCAGAGGUGUUCCUGCUCCAGAAGACGCCGUCCUCUCCGGUCAGCUGCAUGGCGACAGGUUUCUACCCCGACGGUGCCGACCUGUUUUGGAGGAAAGACGGCGAGCAGAUCUUCGAGGACGUGGAGCACGGAGAGAUACUCCCCAACCACGACGGAACCUUCCAGAUGUCGGUGGCGCUGAAAGUGGAGGUGACGGCCGACGUGGAGGGCAAGUACGAAUGUGUGUUUCAGCUGUCAGGCGUCAAGGAGGACUUGGUCACCAAGCUGGAGAGAAGAAGCAUCCUGAGCAACGCAAGCCAUGAAGGUGAGAAAGACACAUUUAGUUGGAGAUGUUUCCCAUCACAAGUCCACCUGUCACCAUUAUUGAUCCAUGUCACCAUGACAACGCUUGACGUCUGCAUGCAAAGUAGUCAUGAAGGUUUCCUCUUCAUGCUUUGUCACUCCACUUGUGCUUUUUUGCUCUCCACAGACAACUUGAGCGUCGCCCUCGCUGCCACGGCGGCGGUCCUCGCUGUGGCGGCCAUCAUCAUCAUCAUCAUCAUCAUGGUCAUGGUCAGGCGUCACAGAAACAGACAAGGUGAGGGACGCCAAUGUCCUCUGUCUUCUUCUUCUCGGUGCACUCGGUCCAGGCCGUGAGUUGAUGCUUUCAUCCGGGCUGCAAAGGUGCGGCCAUCUUUUAGUUGCCUUCCAGCCAAACACUCAAAGAUCCACAGAGACAGAGCGCACACUCUCACGUAGAAACACGGCGUGACGUGAGGGGAAAAGUCCACUUCACCUUGUUUCUCUUUCAUUUCAGCCCAGUACGGUCCAGCUGGUAAGUAAAACAUCUUUUCUUUGAGCCGCAAGAAACAAAGCCGUGGUGAAGCGUCACUCACAUGGAGGUCUGAUGUGGACCUUUGUUACAAGUUUAGCCGGAAAAGCCCAACUGGAGCUGACUCCUUCACAAUAAAAGUCCCUCCUGUGAGCACACGCAAUACAAAGUCUGGCAUAUCUCACUUUUGACAGGAGUCCUCAUGAUGAGGAUCAGCCAAAUGAGACAUCAAGUGUGCUGACUCGUCAUGUUUCCAAGUCACACCUCAAAGAUCUGAUGUGAGUGACGAGGCACCUUCUGGAUGUUCUUCCUUCACCGUUUGCGUUUGUCCCGCAGCUCGCCACGGCGGCGUGGAGCUCGACGAGAACGUGCAGGCGGCUGAAGGCUGAGUAAGCUCACAUGGACUGUCUGCACCUCCAAAUGUUCUUGUGUGAAGAUGAUGUUCAACUUGGAUUCACCUGCUUCUGUCGGGAAUGUGCUGAGUGGUCUUCUUCCUCCAGGAUGCUUUGUGCACUGGAACACAGGGAGAUGUCUCCAUCGCUGAGGGACGUCAUCACACUCGGAGAUGAGAUGGAGAUGUGCUUUGUUCUUCGUCCGACUGCUCCUCACGCUAUUCCAUGUAUUCUUCUUUGGCCGUUAAAAGACUUUCAAGAUCAAACGCUGGUGGCUGUAAAAUCGCACGUUUCAUGGCCUUGACGUCAUGACGAGGAUUUCUUCUUUUCUUUCAAUGGCCGCUGCUUAUGAUCAAUAUCACAUUGUGUCACAUCUCUGUCAAUAAAUCCGUUUUUUCUCCA